GUCCGGCUUCAGAACAUUCUUCAACUUAAACCUACCACUCCAAGAAGCUAGGGUUUUGCUUUAGCGCACUAUUCUCUGCCCCAAACAGAGUAGAAAAGUAGAGAGAAAAACCUCGCUAUGGACUCCUUUUCGUCCCCUUCUUCGUUGUCAUCCGGUUCAUCCGAGUCGUCGGGCCGUUCGGCGGAGGCGAUGAUGGACCAACUCAAGGCACAGCUCGCCCAGGCCUACGCCGAGGAGUUCCUCGAGACCGUACGGAGCAAAUGUUUCGCAAAGUGCAUUACGAAGCCGGGAACGAGCUUGAGUGGGAGCGAGAGCAGUUGCGUCUCUCGGUGCGUCGAGCGGUACAUCGAAGCAACUGGUAUCGUUGGCCGAGCCCUUUUCAGCUCUCCUCGCUGAAUAGUCUGGAAAUGUCUCAGUUCUCCUAUUCAAUAACGCAGCAGAUUAUUGAGUUCUGGCUGACCUCGCCCAGGUUGCAGGUUGCAUGAUCUGAUAAAAUUUCUUCAUCUGAACCUCGAUUGAGUUUUGAUAGCAGUUUGCAUUUCUCUAAUUGACAUUGACAUAUCUUUUUUCUUAUCCAUCUGCCCAUCAAUUUAAAUAUUUUAUUUGAUCAGGUUCUGGAA